AUGCUUAAUGGUCAACAUAUCCGAGUGUCUGCCACCGUCAACGAAGCAAUUCUACGGCUCCAAUCAAUUCUCGAUCAGGACGUUCAGUACCUAUGGAUUGACCAAAUAUGCAUCAACCAAGCCGAUAUACAGGAGCGUGGUCAUCAAGUCUCGCUAAUGGCUGAAAUAUACUCCAAAGCAGAUUCUGUUUAUGUAUGGCUAGGUGAGGAUCAGGACGGCCUCGUGGGGAGACUUGAACACAUCAUCAGCACCUACGUACCCAAUGGUCCCAAGGCGCACACUUGUAUUUCGAAAUCCGACUGCGCUGAUAUGUUGAAACUUUGCGCUGGUUAUGUGAGAACCGACUUGACACGAGCUCUUGACGAGGGAUCGCAGCAAAACUCGGCAACUUUUGCACCCUCCGACAUGCUGGUAGUCCUCGAACUUCUCCGGCGUCCCUGGUUUAGACGAGCGUGGGUUGUCCAAGAAGUUGCCGUGGCUCAAACAGCCACCAUUCUCAUCGGCUCGCAUGCUUUUUCGCUCACCGAUAUCGACUACCUAGUCAGCUUGACAGCGCUGGCAGAGCGAGAAGCAGACGAAAUCCCCUGUCCCGGCACGCAGUUUCGACAGUCGAAAGGAUUCCAAUGCUUCCAUCAAAUGGUUCACCAGCGUGAACGGUAUCACGAUCCGGGGGCUGACGGACAUAUAUUCGCGUUUCUCUGUCGGGUUGCGGGCUUGUGCGAGGCCACCGACGGCCGGGAUAUGGUCUACGCCUUUCAAGGGAUUUACCAGAGGAGCCAGUCCCUUCUGAUAGAGCCAGAUUACUCCCUCCCGGUAGAAGUUGUCUUUAUGAAGCUAGCAAAGGCUCUCGUUGCCGAGUCCCAUGCUCUUGACAUCUUCGCAGCCGUCAACGGUCCGGGCUCCUCCAGCACCCGUCACGACGAGAAUUUCGACAGUAUGAGUAUCUCUAGUAGCACAGAUUCUUUUACAGAAUUUAGCGACCCAAGAGACUCUCAGCAUGAGUCCACGUUAUUCCCUUCCUGGACCCCAGACUGGCGGUUUCCGUUGGACCACGUACCACUGUACACAGGGCAGCGCUCGCCCAGAUUUUGCGCAUCAGGGCCUUUUGCUCACCGCACCGUCUCAGACGAUCAGAUGGAUUGUCUUACGGCACGAGGCAAAAUCAUAGCGCAUAUCGACGCACUCCAUUUCCUUGCCAAACCCCGACGUCCAGGUGACGGUAUAUUGACUCUCCAACAGCAACUCCCCCUGGACAUGCUACUUUCUACCCUGCGAAAGCAGCGCGCAAAGACAUCUCCACUCGUAACACUAGAGAGAAUCCUGCGGGUGAUUGUUGCUGACGGUUCAGACCGAGGGGAGUUUUCAUCGAAAAUAGAAGCUUCAACGAGACGACUCAGCGACAGACGCAUCUCUGAGCUUGUUCUUGCCUGGGAGAUGACUGCCUUUCCGAUACAAAACGAAAACACGGUGGAACGCAUUCACGAAGACGCCAGAGUCCUAGAGCAACACUGCAGAGUCUCUCAUGGACGUUGGCUGUUUUCUACGCAAGGCGCAGAAGCACUGGGGUUAGCACCGUUGCGUACUUUGCGGGGCGAUGUAGUUGCUAUUGUACACGGUUCCAGGACUCCCGUUGUUCUGAGACAAGUGGCCGAUAGUAGGUAUUGUGUGGUUGGACAAUGCUAUUUGGAGAGAGCAAUGUACGGACAGGCUGUAACUUGGGAGGAGGAGCAGGCUGACUUGUUUGUUCUGGUAUGA